CUGAGAAGGUCGAAAGGGUAUCAAAAGGCUUAAGGUCGGACAAGAGGGCGUUUGAGUUUGUCAACACGAAACACUCCAACACAAAUUCAGCCUUUGGGAACAGAGAAAAGAGGACACUGGAAAACACAGGCCACAAAGCAGAUGUAUCACCAACAUCAGGGCCCGAGUGAGCUCUUCACCACGAGAACAUCCUUUCCAAUGGAGCAGCAUCUGUUUUUGCGUGGAGGAAAUGCCCAAGGAGAUUCUGGGCUGGUUCUCUCAACUGACGCUAAACCAAGGCUGAAAUGGACACCUGAGUUACAUCAGCGAUUUGUAGAUGCAGUCAAUCAAUUAGGUGGAGCAGAGAAAGCUACUCCAAAAACAGUCAUGAGGCUCAUGGGAAUUCCAGGACUCACCUUGUACCAUUUGAAAAGCCAUCUCCAGAAAUACAGGCUUAGCAAGAACCUCCAAGCUCAAGCAAAUGUCAGUACAUCAAAGAAUGCCAUAGGAUGUACAUCCGUUGCUGAUAGGAUUCCUGGAACAAGCGCAGCUACAAUGAGCAGUACAAAUGUCGUUCCACAGGCAGAGAAGACUAUUCAAAUUGGUGAAGCACUUCAGAUGCAAAUUGAGGUUCAGAGGCAGCUAAAUGAACAACUUGAGGUGCAAAGGCAUCUACAACUACGAAUUGAAGCCCAAGGGAAAUACCUGCAGGCAGUUUUGGAGCAGGCACAAGAGACACUUGGAAAACAGAAUUUGGGUCCUGCAAACCUGGAAGAUGCAAAAAUAAAAAUAUCAGAGUUAGUUUCACAAGUAUCAACUGAAUGCUUCAGUAAUGCGAUUACAGAUGUAAAAGGAAGUUCAAGUGUGCAUAGAUUAGAGCCCAGACAAAUCCAGUUUGUUGAAAGUUCAACAAAUAGUUAUUUGUCUGUGGCUGAAGGAUUCAUCAAGGAGCACAGACUACAGCACCAUGGAGUACUAAAAGCAUAUGAUGAUAGUUCAUUAUUUUGCAGAAAAAGAUCUCAUGAACAUGAGACCCAGUUUGCCCUUAACAGAAGCCUAAGUGAGCGUAGGAUGGCUCAUUUGCAGAAUGAGGAAGGAUACAGUAAAGCAGAGUUUGGGUAUGAAAGUGACACAGAAAUGGCACAUGAGUAUGCUGAACCUCAAAAGAAUGGUGGAGGUAGCACCACCAGUUCGGCGUCAGGAAGCAAAGUAGAUGCAGAGAAGCUAUAUCUGGAAGAACAAAACUGCGCAAGACAGGCAGUUGAAUACCCCAGAGAAAGCAAGCUAGUAGAUUUUGAGCAUCCGUGCUCUGGGAAGAAACUUGAUCUGAACACCCACAAUGUCGAUGACACUGAUCAAGCUUACAGACAUUUUGACUUGAAUGGCUUCAGCUGGAGCUGAUAAUAUGUAACAUGAUAUAAGUGAAGAAAUGAAGUUACAAAUAA